AUGUUUUUGAAUUCGGUUACUCGAUACGACGAAGCCGCAGUCCAUGACAGUACAGAGGCAGAUCGGACGAAGCGAGUCACGCAGAAGCCGCGGACAGCAUCCACAGUAAGCAAAGACGACAUCCGGCCUUCGACCAGUGCUGCUGCUCCACCUGUCCAGACCGAAGUUGUCACGGUAGAACCACGGCUAUCAUAUUCCGGACCAAAUCAGGCGGCCGAGUCCAUCCGCCGGUGCUCCACCCUCUACGUAUCGGACAGCGCGGUGUAUGAGAUCAUUUGGGAUGAGAACUGCUCUUCGAGUAACUCUGAGGGAGAGGAUCCUAGUCCCCCUGGCCAAGCAUCGCUAUUUCAGAGUCGGGAUCUCGUCGGGGCAGAGACGUUGGAGAGACGGCUGUCGAAGGUGCUCUCGCAGUCAAGACGAGAUUCCCUGCAGGAAGGCAGCAGGAGAAAAAUAAGCUAUGUGCCAAGCAGCGAAUUGUCUGUGCAAAGCAUUUGGACCAAUCCCAAAAUUGCUCGGCUUUUCCGCGAACCAGCUUCGGGGAGUCUACCUCGUUCCAAGUCCUCCAAGAGCAGCAAGAUGAUGGUCACUUCGUCAACAGACAUGGACCUAGACCUGGCGCUCGCAGAUGGCCAUAAAAAGGGAGCAGCUACUGACGGUGUCGAAAUCUUCCCUCCACUACGGAGUCGGGCCAACACAAACGGAAGGGGGAACUUUGAAUCUCCAUCGAGCACGGGUGGACCGGACAGUUGGAGCGCAAUUGAGCCACUAAAGCCGGUCGCCCGUGAUCCGCUUGAACAAGGCUCAGGAUCAGAUAUAGCAAGGAGUCGUUAUGGAGUUAUGAUCGGGAUCAGUUCGCACAUGAAGCGAAGGAGUGUAUCUGCUGAGGGGCAGCCUCAAAGUCAACGGGCGAGGAGUAUCAAGUCUCGUAGCAGGAGAUCAAGUGAAGGGAAAGCAUCGGAUGACGAGACGAUUCCUCUACUGGGGAUGACUUGA